AUGACGCCGAAGUCUGUCGAAGGUGUCGCCGGAUGUCACCGAAGGCUCGCCGAAGGUUGUCGAAGGCCGUCGAAGGAGAAGGAGAUGCCGCCGAUGGCUGUCGAAGUCUGUCGAAGGCUCACCGAAGGCUGUCGAAGUCUGUCGAAGGCUCGCCAAAGGCUGUCGAAGAAGAUGGAGAUGCCGCCGGAUGUCGCCGGUUCUCGCCGAACUCUGUCGGAGGAGAAGAGAAGUCGCCGGAGGAUGAUCGUCGCCUCGUCGGACGUUGGGGCUUGGGGUUUUGAGUUUUGGAGCAUUGAUGUGCUAAUCCUUAUUUCUGUUCAUCUACAGAUCCGGGUGCAAGCAAUCCGUGGACUUCCUCUUUUUUGCAAGGAUACACCAGAAUACGUUUCUAAAAUUGUGGACAUUCUUGGACAACUUCUUACAGCUGAAGAAAAUGUGGAGCGUGAUGCUGUGCACAAAGCCCUUUUGUCUUUGUUAAGGCAGGAUGUAAAAGCUUCUUUGACAGCCUUGUUUAAGCAUAUCGAAAGCACUAAUGAACCAAGUACCGAUGAAAGCAUACGUGAAAAGGUUCUGAAUUUUAUUAGGGAUAAGGUUUUUCCUCUAAAAGCUGAACUCUUGAAGCCUCAAGAGCAAAUGGAAAGGCAUAUAACUGAAUUAGUGAAGAAAAGUUUACAAGAUGUGACUGGAGCAGAGUUUAAGAUGUUUAUGGACUUCUUGAAAAGUUUGAGUAUAUUUGGAGAUAAUGCUCCCUCGGAGCGAGUGCAAGAGUUGAUUGAGAUUAUCGAGGGACAGGCAGACCUAGAUGCGCAGUUCAAUGUUUCAGAUGUUGAUCAUAUUGAUAGAUUGAUAUCAUGCCUUUACAUGGCUCUUCCAUUCUUUGUGAGGGGUGCAUCCAAUAGCAAGUUUCUUAACUAUGUGAACAAGCACAUCAUACCUGUUUUUGACAAGCUUCCUGAAGAAAGAAAACUUGACUUGCUCAAGAACCUUGCAGAAAGUUCACCUUAUACGUCACCACAGGAUUCACGUCAGCUUCUUCCAUCUGUUGUUCAGCUCUUAAAGAAAUACAUGUCUCGGAGAAAGGCUGGAGAGGAGACAAAUUUUACUUAUGUUGAAUGCAUGUUAUACACAUUUCACCAUUUAGCUUAUAAGACUCCUAAUGCCACCAAUAGUCUGUGUGGUUACAAGAUAGUGACUGGUCAGCCAUCAGAUAGGCUUGGAGAGGAUUUUUCUGAGUACUUCAAAGAUUUCACUGAGAGGUUAAGUAAUGUAGAGGAAUUAGCUAGGGCCACCAUGAAGAAAUUAACCCAGGGAAUGGCGGAACAUGGCAAGGCAAUGGCAGCUGCUAAGACUGAUGAAGCGAAGGCUAGCAUUAAAAUGAAAAAGCAGAAUACAACAACAGGAUUACGAACCUGCAAUAAUAUACUGGCAAUGACUCAGCCACUGCAUUCAAAAUUUCCUUCAUUUAUUGGGGAUAAGAAAAUCAAUUUGUCAUGGAAAGAAGCAGUGAAACCUUCAAUACCUUCAACUGCUGCUGCAGCAGGUGCGAAGCGAACUGCAACUGCUGCUAAUGGUUCAAGCAAUGCUGCAACAAAGAAAGGAAGAGGUGAUGGUGGUGUGCAGAACCAUCUGGUUAAUAGGGCAUUUGAAGGUUUGUCUCGUGGUGGGAGAAGUGGUGCAAGAGGCAGGUGGUCGAGUGGACGAGGAAGGGGAAGGGGCUAUCGCUAGUUUGGUUUACAUCCAAGUAACGCAUACUUGUACGUGGAAGCCCUUGAGUGUAUUGAUUGCCUCUUCUGUUUGUAUUGAGCCUCUUCGAAUUUUGAUUUCUUUACUGAAACUGAUUCAUUUGGAACUCAACUGUUGCAAUGUCUAACUAGACACAUUCAGAAGGGGUUGGGGUCUGCAUUCUCAAUCCCAUCUAAUGUAGCUGAUUAUAGCAGCAGCUUGUAAAAGAAGAGAAAAGAAAAGAGAAAUGGAGUUUGUACUUGUUAUUUA